UCCGGAACUCUCAAUGGUGAUUUGGACUUGGCUUAUCCAAUUUGCCCGAUGGCAGGUCGUACGAUGCUGGUUUGCUUGUCUUGAUGCUUUGGAAACAUCUAUUCGAGAGAUUGAAUGAUCCCUUCCGAGGACAUUGUCGCGCAAAUAUUCUUAAAAAUAUGAAGUUUUAGUUUUCCAUAUUUUUAUUUUUUUCACAAAAAGGUUUCUCGAGAACUUUUGGACAUUGAUUUCGUCAUUACCGAUUUUGACCCCAACAAUUUCCAGAUAAUGAUGUCUUAGUUUAUCCUUCUUUUCUCAUCCUUUAUCGACGUCGGAUCCUCCACAGAAGCCCACCGCUCUUAUAUACAAGGUCCUUCACUUCGAGAAUAUUUUUUUUCCGUCUUUCAUCAACUUUGAUAGCAUAUUUUCAAAUCGGCAUCCACCAAUCUUCCAACCCCCGCUAAAUCCAUUUUCAGUGCCAAUCCUCCACUCACCUCUUUCUCCCAGUCUUAUCGUCAUCACAGUAAAAGUCAUUGGUUUAUUAAUGUACUAAGAAGAUAAGUCAACUGUUAUCGGUUAAUGAUGAUAAUUUUAUAUGGAUAUGGAUUCGAUAAUGAAUUAAAUCAUAGGAACAAUUACUGAGAUUAUCACUAUUUGGUAUUUCACAAGAAAACCUGAGUUUUUUGGGUUUAGGGGAUGAAUCAGUUGACCCCUAAAAUGUAAUUUUCUUUUUACUAACAAGUAGAGAAUUCAACAUCUUAAUAAGAUUAUGGUACUAAAAAGAAUAUUUGUUGCCAUAUGAAUUCAAAUUUUGGUUCAUGAAUGGUGGAAAAAUAAAAGACACAAUAGGAUACUUAAGAUUCCAUAUUAAAAAGAAAAGGAAACUAAAGAUUUUAAAAAUAUAAUGUAAAAUAUCAGGAUAUGUAUUUCGAUAAGCCUAUAGUAUAUUACCUCCUGUUGUCUUAGCUAUCUGCAUUCCCAGACCAUAGCAAAAAUCGUCAUGAGCCUAGAGAAAUACAACAAUCCGGUGAAACACCUUAAAAUCAUCAAAGGCCACAUACAAUCAUCAAAAAACUCUUCAACGUAUGUAGGAGGAAACUCGGAGACGCUUCCCAUCGAUCUCAUCAUCGAGAUCCUCAAGAGACUACCAGCAAAAGCCAUUGCACUAUGUCGAUGUGUCUCGAAGGAAUGGGAUUCCAUACUUUGCAGUCCACAUUUCGCAAAAUCGUUCCUGACGAGUUCAUCCACUCGGCCACAACUUUUGUUCACGUUUGAAUUCAAAGGCAAGUGGCACUUCUUUUCAUCCCCUCAGCUUCAUUUUAAUGAGAACAUAAGUGUUGUAGCACCGGAUUAUCAUAUGGGUGUCUCUGGAGAUUGGUACAAAGAAGUUUGUCUAUCCGCCAACGGUUUUGUCUAUCUUUACGAAAAGCAGAUGCUAAAGGGAAAGAUGGAAAGGGUUCCUGUGCUAUGUAACCCUAGCACGGGUCAGAAAAUACCUCUACCUAAAGUGAGAGCUAAGAAUAAUGAGUUAAGAAGCUUCCUUGGGUAUGAUCCUAUCGAGAAGCAAUUCAAGGUUUUGUGCAUGACCGUAACAAAGUAUAGAAGACAAAUAAACUCCAGAGAACAUCACGUCUUGACGCUAGGGAAAGGAAACCCAUCAUGGAGAAAGAUAGAAUGUGAGUUUCCCCAUUUUCCUCAGAACUACAGAAAGGGGAUAUGCAUCAACGGGAUAUUGUAUUAUGCAGCUCAUAACAACUUUAUUAACGUGAUAGCAUGCUUUAAUGUUAAGUCUGAAAAGUUUAGGUUUAUACAUAUAGAUUUCAACUUUUGGACGUUGAUAAACUACAAGGGAAAAUUAGGUGUCUUAGUCCGUGAUUAUAGUGACAAUAAUCAGUUAUGGGUUCUAGAUGAUACCGAGAAAGGGAAAUGGACAAAGCAUAUCUUGUAUUUCCCAGAUAUGAUUUUCUGGAACAUAAAAUCAGUCUGGGGAACUGAUACAGGUGAAGUUGUUUGGGCGCAGUGGCGUUGGAAGAAACCAUUCUAUGUUUACUAUUACAAUGUGGAGAGAAAGAGUGUUAGAAGAGUUGAGAUCCAAGGAAUUGAAGAGAAGGUCUUUAUGGAUCCAGCUGCACACCAUGGUGAAGUCUUCACCUUCCCAAACCAUGUUGAGAAUCUGAUGUUUCGGCAAUAAAUCCGUGGCUGAUCGCGGGGUCUUUGCUCUCUUUGUUUUUAUAUUUAUUUUUGCUGAAGUCUGAUGCCUAGACCAUUUCUGAAUCUUGUGGUUUAAUUUUCUUUCUUAUGGAUUUGUUUUGUUUCUAAUUAUCAGCGACAUUGAUUUAUUUGUGCUACUUCUGUUUUAUGCAUUUAUAUCACUUAAAGAUUUCUAAAGCUUGAGUAACAGAUACUCUCUCCGUUUCAUAUUAUGUGUCGUUGUAGAGAAAUUGUUUCGUUACAAAAUAAGUGUUGUUUUCAACUUUGAAUGCAAAAUUUAUUAGUUUUAUUUAACAAUUAAUUUUCUAUUGGUUGAAAUAUGGUUAGGUGUAUAAAUAAUUGUGUUUUUAUAUAUGAAGUAUACAAAAUUAAUUGUUUCCUUAAUCUGUGUGCACAAACCCAAAGUGACACUUAAAAUGAAACAGAUGGAGUAUUAGAUAUAACUUACAAAAAGAUUAGCUCCAACACCAAAAUCAUCGUGAGCUGUGAGGUUUUGACGAUGCCGAAAAGCAAGAAUGGUUGAAGUUUAUCUAAGUUUUGCCACUUUUCCAAAGGAAUGUGGUUGUGCAGACAAGUUAUUAUUUGUAGGACUCACUUGUACAAGUAAAAUUGCUCUACAACCCGAAAAAUAACAGUACAGUGCAGAUACGUGAUAAAUGUUGGACCAAGCUUGAAAUAACUUAAGCAACAAGCUAUCUAUUUCCUACCGAGUUAUGGAAUAGGAAAUAGGAAAGUCCUUAAGUGUUUAGGAGUUAUCUAAACAUUAUUAUCUAGUGUGUCUAGGACUUUAUAUUCUUAUAUAUAUGGAGAUGUCAAAGUGUGACAUAAAAUAAGAGUUUUGUGAUUGAGAGAGCUUAAGGUUUUGAGUGAGUUUUCUUAAGAGAGUGAUUCUUAUUAAGAGAGUUCUUAGUUGUGUUCUUGAGAUCGAGUUUCAAUAUUUGGUAUCAGAGCUUUAGGUGCGAAAAAGCGAGAGUUAUUGUGAUCAGAUACACACCAUGAGCGACAACAAGAAAGACGAGGUCAUGAUGAAAUUGAAAUAGAUAGGACCAUCUUCAAUUAAGUGUCCCAUGCUUGAUUCUGCAAACUACACAGUAUGGGCCAUACGGAUGAAGAUUGCACUCAAGGUAAACAAGGUGUGGGAGGUUAUAGAGUCUGGAACAAAGGACGAAGACAAAAACAAUAUGGCGAUUGCGUUGUUGUUCCAAUCUAUACCAGAAGCACCAAUUCUAAAACUUGGAGACCUUGAUACCACAAAGGCCGUGUGGGAAGCCAUACAAGCUAGACAUGUUGGAGCUGAUAGGGUUAAGGAGGCGAGAUAACAAACGCUAAUGGCUGAAUUUGACAGAAUCAAGAUGAAGGAAUCAGAUACGAUUGAUGCGUUUGUGGGAAAACUUUCAGAAAUCUCUUCGAAAUCAAUUGCACUUGGAGAAGUCAUUGAUGAACCAAAACUUGUUAAGAAGUUUCUGAAAAGUCUACCACGAAAGCGUUAUAUACAUAUUAUUGCAGCACUUGAACAAGUACUUGAUCUUAAUAUCACAAGUUUUGAGGAUAUUGUUGGGAGGCUAAAAGCAUAUGAAGAG